GGAAAAGGUAUAAAUAUGGCGUUCUGUGGCGUUGGACAACAUUCGUGUGUGAACAGUGAAAAAGAAAAGGAAUCUAUUAACAUGUCUGGUCGUGGUAAAGGUGGCAAAGUGAAGGGAAAGGCAAAGUCUCGGUCGAACCGUGCUGGUCUUCAGUUCCCUGUUGGUCGUAUUCAUCGUCUACUUCGCAAGGGCAACUAUGCCGAGCGUGUCGGUGCCGGCGCUCCCGUUUACCUGGCAGCCGUGAUGGAAUACUUGGCCGCUGAAGUUCUCGAGUUGGCUGGCAAUGCUGCCCGUGAUAACAAGAAGACGAGAAUUAUCCCUCGCCAUCUGCAGCUGGCCAUCCGCAACGAUGAGGAGUUGAACAAACUGCUCUCAGGCGUCACCAUUGCUCAGGGUGGUGUGUUGCCCAACAUCCAGGCCGUUCUGCUGCCCAAGAAGACCGAGAAGAAGGCAUAAAUGUUCCAAUAGCAAAAACAAUUUACAUUCUUGUACAAUAUAUAAACCAAAACGUCCUUUUCAGGACGACCAAA